UCGCGCACUUGCAUGUUCUGGGUUUUAGUCUCUGGUUCUUCAGGAAUGGAUCUGUUUAGAGUGUCUGAUUCCCGCUCCCUGUGGAUCCGGAUCCCCCUCCUCAUCGGGACAUUCAUCCUCCUCAAUGGAGGGAGAGACAGCGGAACUGGGGCUCACUCCGCUAACUACGUUGACGGGUGUAGGUUUAAUAUCUCUGGGGCGUGGACCUUCAUUAACCAGUAUAUCUAUGAUAAAGAGCUGAUCGCGUACUAUGACUUUGCUCAGAAGAAGUACAUCGCAGUGAAGGAUUGGAUGAAGGGGAGCGUGGACCGAUGGAACAAAGAGGAGGCGGCUGGAACGUACCAGGAUGGGAUCCGAGUGUGUGAGAAUAAUGUUCCGCUCGCCAGCGAAGUGGUGUCCCGGAAAGUUGAACCAACAGUCACUAUCCGACCUAAAGCGCCUCAACAUGCUGCACAGUUGGCUCUGCUCUCGUGUCAUGUCACUGGAUUUUACCCUCCUGAGAUUGAUAUCACGUGGCUGAAAAAUGGAGCACCAAUUCCUGAUGGUGUCAUCAACACUGUCCUUUUAUCAAAUGGUGACUGGACCUAUCAGGUGGAGGAUCUCCUCCAGUAUCAGCCAGUGUCUGGGGAUAAAUAUACCUGUCAUGUGGAACACAGUAGCCUGGGGAGUCCCAGGAGUGUGGAAUGGGAAGUACAGAACACCUCUGAAUCAAAGAGACACAAGAUCAUUGUUGGAGCCCUGUUCUUUGGGAUUGGACUGAUUAUCUUGCUGGUUGGAGUGAUAAUGAGACUGAAGAAUGCGAAAGCUAUCUUGGACUCGGGCAAUCAUGGUCCACGUCUGAUGGGUCCAGCUGUCAGUUAACUAACCCAUGGCAAAUGUGGUCCAAAACAUUGGAGUAAAAGAAUCUAUUAAAUGAUGGAAUUGAACAGCUUUAAAAUGCAUCUCGACGACUCCUGGCUCUAUCUGUGACUAUAGCUUACUGGGUGCCAGGCUACUUAACCUUUUUGCAAUGUUUGAGAUUAACUUUAUGCAAUGUUGAGAUUUUUACACAGCAGAUAUCGCUAAUGCAAUUAAAACAGGGAUGUGUGUGCAGCAAUUAUCACCUGGAUCAGUGACUAAACAUCUUGGAGUUAAGAAACGGGGAUUAGUGCCAGGUCCGGAUUAGUGCCAGUCCAUUCUGUGUCUGCACUUUCUUUCUGCAUUUUUUUAACAUGUCAGACUGUCUAUUGGCCUGGAUUAUCAUGGAGUCAGGGAGACUCCAUGGAUGGGUAAAAAUGGCAACAGGGCCAGAUUCCAGAAUUUGUGACCACAUAAUCAGCAUUUGAUUUUUCAGGUGUGCUUUUAACAAUGUGUGCAGGUUUGGGUCACAAUCCCACACUCUGCUUUCCUGACCUGAUCUGCCCCACAAAAAAGAUAGCUAUGUCCUAGUUCAUUGCUCAAGUCUGCAUAAAUAACAAUUUCCACAGAGUCAUGGUUCAUGGCACCUGUCAUGAACCAUCUUCUGCCUGAGAUUUGUGUUUUUGAAAGGCAAGCUCAAAAGCUCCUCAAGCCUCCCAUACCAAGCUAUUGUACUUUCAUGCCCAUUCAUCCAUUGCACACUAUAGAGCCAAUGCAUUAUGUCAUGACAAUUCUUUUUGAAAACUGCAUAGAAUAUUUAAUGUUUAGUAUAAAUGCCAAACAUUCAUUGGCUGAAACAGCUGAUCCCAGGGAAAUUGCUUGAUUUGAGCUCUGGUCUCUGAAUUAUGUGGAAAUCCCAUGUUUGAGCACAAGAUUUCAAAUACCCAUUAAAAUCCAAAACAGUUGCAGAUGUUGUAAAUCAGGAACAAAAUAAGUUGCUGGAAAAGCUCAGCAGGUCUGGCAGCAUCUUUAAAAGAAAAAUCAAAGUUCACAUUUCUGGUCCGGUGACCCUUCCUCAGAACUGAUUGUAGCUGGGAAACAUCAGUUUAUAUACAGAAAAUAGGGAGGGGCCUGGAGUAGGGGGUAAACAACAGGAUAAAGCCCAGAGAGAAGAGCAGUUGGGUAGACAAAGGAGUGAUAACUAUCUGGCUAGGAAGGUGGGGACUGUUAGUGAAUAUUCACCCUCCUAGCCAGAUCAUUAUCAACUCCUAUCUCCAGGCUCUACCCUAUAGUUUACUCCACCCUCCUCCCUAUUUUCUGUACAUAAUCUGUUUUCACCGCUUCAGGUGCUGCCAGACCUACUGAGCUUCUGUUCAAAUACCCAUGAUUUGUUACAGAUAGCUGGGGUCAGGAUGGCCAGUCAUAAAAUCUGAGGGGAAAUUUUUAAAUGUGCUAUUUUUGAGAAUCACUUAAAUUGUAGUAUCAACCUAGGUAUGUGGAAUCAAAAAUGGAAUGUCUGACCUGACUGGCACUCACCCUUCCAAUGCCUUGAGCUGGCAGACUCCUGAGUCGGGAAUUUUUCAAGUCUCACCAUCUUUCUAAAAGAUGAAAAUCCAGGCCUUUAUCUGUAAAUAAAUGUAUAUCAAUGUUACAAUUGAUACUUGUCAUAGAACCAAUUUGAUUAAAAUUCAUUUUUAUUUGA